AUGGGAGCUCAUCCUGAUGGAUACGCACCCCCCUGUCCGGAGGAGAGCCAGGGAGGAGGGACAGCAGAGACACAGCAGCAGAGCCCAGCAGAGAAAGACCCAGGUACUGAAGCUGAAAGCCACCGGAGCGGGAGGUGUGAAGCCCGGCCCCAGUCCCGGCCCUACAUGGCCUGUCUGAAAAUACAGCGUGGAGCCAGUUACAUUCACUGCGGCGGGUUCCUGGUGUCGGAGAACUUUGUGCUGACGGCCGCUCACUGCCAGGGAGAUAAUAUCACCGUCAUCCUUGGAGCUCACAAUGUCUGGAAAUGGGAACCGAGUCAACAACGCAUCCGCGUGCGCCGGCAGAUCCCCCACCCGCAGUACAACAGCAAGACCUUAAAAAAUGACAUCAUGCUGCUGGAGCUGGAGAAGCCUGCGAAGCUGAAUGGAGACGUGAAAAUCAUCCCCCUGCCUCGGAUGGGUGAAUGCGUGAAGCCCGGGAUGGUGCUGCAGGAGGUGGACGUGGAGGUUGUGGUGGAUAACAAGUGCUUGGUGUAUGAUUACUACGACCGGGCAACCAUGCUGUGUGCGGAGCACCCACAGCAAUGGGAAGAUAUUGUACCGGGCGACUCCGGCGGCCCCCUGGUGUGUGAUGGAAAAGCCCAGGGCAUCGCUUCCCGUGGGUCACGCCCUGGGAAAAUCCCUGGCACGUACACCAGAGUCUCUGCUUUCAUCGGUUGGAUCCACAAGGAAAUGGGUCAGCUGUAG